GUGACGCGCAGCCUCGUCCUGUGUUUGGGUGCUUUACUCGGGUAUAGGAGAACCGUGGAGUACACAUAAACCAGGACUAGCUGUCCGGAGCGGAUCUUGAAGAUCAAGGCACACUAUGGAUGAAGAGGAACAGUUUGUUAACAUUGAUCUGAAUGAUGACAAUAUCUGCAGCGUCUGUAAGCUAGAGACAGAAACGGGGACCUUAUCUUUCUGCCACGUCUGCUUUGAACUCAGCAUUGAAGGUGUCUCCUCUGCUACCUUGUUGCACUCCAAGUCCCUGCGAGGCCACAGAGACUGCUUUGAGAAAUGUCAUCUCAUUGCCAACCAGAAGCUGUCACGAUCCAAGGUCUCCCGGAGUGCCUACGAGGGCAUGAAGCUGGCCCUCAGCCAGAAACUGAACCGCAUCAUUCAGUACGCCCAGAACAAAGACUCUGUCUCCUCCAGUGGCCCGAACAGACGGGGGGCUAAGCUUCUGUGUUACGGCCAGCAAAAUGACCGCAAGCUGCUCCCCCAGUCAGACGCCCAGGUGCCCCGCUACACGCCCUGCUGGGACACGGGCAAAUCAACAGGGCCGGCUGACUACACGAUGGGUAUGCUGGAGCGCCACACAGCCGAGGAGCUAGGACUGCUGCAGGAGUCGCAUUCUGACGUUUGGUCCAACGACAGCAGGAGAGGUCUUCACAGCCGGAAGCCAUCAGGAGGAGGACAGCAGCACGCGCACCAGGGUCACAGCAGAGAAGAGUUGACUAAAAUGAGUGUGGAUGAGCUCCAUCAGCUAAAUGCCCAGCUACUCCUGCAGAUUCAGAAGGUCUUUGAGGAGUUGACAGUUGCCGUGCAGGAGAAAGACUCGCUGUCAUCUGAGCUGCACGUGCGUCACAUUGCCAUCGAACAGCUCUUUAAAAACUGCGCCAAGCUGCCCUGGCUGCACAUUAGCAGGGCCGGGGUCAAGGCCAGCAGCAGCAGCACUGUGGAGUGAGGUGCUGGGAGGCGGUGAGGUGGCUUUUGAUUGGCUGCUGGGAGGAAACAGACGAACACUUCAGACUGCAGAAUGCAGAACGUGUAACCCGGAGGACACUAGAGCAACGUUAAAGGACUGGACUGAGGUGGUGUUUGUUUUCAUGGUUGGAGUGAUGAUGCGAGGUUUAAAGGUGGUUUGCAAAUACAUUUCUGCUCUGAAUUCCAGCCAGACCGAGUUCACAUGAAAUGUUAGCAGCAGGUAAAAAACAGCACAGAGGUUCCUGGGACUGGAUGAGGCUGUUUUUAAUGGACAAGAUCACGUUUUUAAUUUCAAAUAUGUUAUUAUUUUCAAAGACUGAAAAACGUUUUUAAAAAUGUUCCAAACACAUUUGUUAGUAGUUUUAUCAUACUUUUGUUUUAGUUUUCUGACACAUUUCAGUUUUACAGUAGAUUUUCUUUUCUUUUGUUUUGGAUUCUGAGAGUUUGAUUCUGUUUUUUUUUUUUUUUUGUUUGUUUGUUUGUUUGUUUUUUGGAUGAUUUCAAAUGAACAGUGACCGUCCCAAUCAUACUAUAAGCCACUGCCAGCAGUUUGAUUAUUAGUGUCAUGGAAAGCCCCAACAAGUUAGCAUCUACUGACAGUAUUAUGGGUUGAAAUGUCUUUUUUAAAGUUGACUACAGAUUUUGACAAGACUAUGACCGUAACUGGCAAAGUUUCAAAUAGUUAUACGUGUCACUACAAGUAGUGGCAAGUACUUAUGUGUGUCUGCUUGCCACACUUAUUCCAAAUAAGACAUUAUGAAAAAUGGUUACGGGUAAUUUCUCAUCUGGAAAUGUGCACGAUAACACCAAGAGCAUCAGUUUGUAAAAGACAAAUCAGAGUAUCUGAAAUCCUAAAAGUGAAAACUUUUGAUUUAAUUCAGCUUCUGGGUUUAUUGGAACUAUUCUUGCUGACAGGAUUUGCUCACUGUAUAAUACAAAGCUGUCUUUUUUGUUUUUUAACCAUUGUGUAUGAGAGGCUAUGCACUGAAUGGAAGUGAACAGGCUGCCAAACCAAAGUUUCUAUUUGUUCUGCUUUGUGUGUGAAUUACAAACGUUUGAUUUUUGAACAGCUUUUGAAACAAUUUGUUCCUGUGUGUAUUCAGCGUAUGUGUUCUUAUUUAUCUUCACUGUUACCUUGGCUUGCCCUCUCUCAUGUGUUAAAGAGCUAAGUUGAUGUCAUAGCAACACAUAUGGGAUAGUCUGCUGUACUCUGUGUCUCUGCAGGUCCCUAAACAAGUCAACGAGAGAUGUAGAGACAGUUUUUGAUUCAGUAUGUUCUUCAGGACCCUAUGCAAAGAAAGAGACAAAUAAAUGAGAAGCCUUAUAAAUAUGAAAUAUAUAUUGAUUAUAGGUGUUUCAGAGCUACUCAAAAUAUAAUAAGCUGGGAAAGGACAAGGUUAGAGUGAUGUUUAGAAAAACUCAGCAUUGUAAGUGUCGUGCGUUCUCUUUGUAAGAGAUUAAAUGUGUUUAGCCCAUUUUGGGGUUUAAAAGACUUUAUCUCCAUUUUAAAUUGUAGUCUUGGUUUUAGUUGGAUACCUGUGUUCAGUGCUUGAGAGAGUGAAUAUUUAGAUUCCUGGUCCUAAAGCUCAGUCCUUAAGUCUUUGGUUUUUGGGGUUUUUUGUUAUAUGUGUUUUGCUUCUGAAUGCUGUGUGUUUUUGCGUGCUACAGAAACAUGCCUGGGCUCGUGCCCCUGCUCAGCAGGAAACUCUAGCUGCCUGAUUUUGAUCUCUUGUUCUUUUUUUUGGUGGUUUUAUGAUCUUCUACUGUUACCAUACCUGUUAUACUUCCACUCUCUUUAUUUAGACUGGACUGUUGAUUUGUUCUCUGAUUUUGAACAUCUCUGCAUUUGUGGUAUUUUUGUGAUUUUUAUCUUUUAUUUAUUGUGUGCAUUUUAUGGAUCUUACACAGAUUAAGUGGUUUGUGCUUAAGUGACCAUUUGUAUAUUUUGUUUUUGCAAAAUAAAAUAAAAACUAUUUUUAUU